AUGAUGGAGAUAUACGGGGUGUAUGGACAGCGCAUUUUGCAAGAAGUGGCCGCAGGAGGGCCCGGAAGAGUUCGGCAUUCAGAAAUAAAAAACUUAAUUAUUUUUAAAAGAGAAACUUUGCAUUUGUUGGAAGUUUUCACGACAGAAACCAUCAAAGAUCCUGCUGCUGCUGCAGCAGCAGCAGCAGGACCUGCUGCUGCUGCUGCUGCUGCCAGGAAGCAGCUCGUCACGGACAUGCUCGGACAGGGUUUGUGGGACUGCAGGAACAACACCCCAGACACGAGGGACUACGAAGUGCUCACGCUUAUUUCUGUUCUCAUGUCCCGCCUGGAUACCCACAUCACUUCGGUCUUGCCGGUGAUAUUUGACUACAUUUUUGACUGCACCCUUCAAAUGAUAAAGUCGGACUUCCAGAGCUACCCAGACCACCGCGAGCGCUUCUACGCGCUGCUCAAGGCAGCCAACCAACAUUGUUUUUCGGGUUUAUUUUCUUUGCCGUCCACUCAAUUAAAGGCUUUUGUGGAAUCUUUAGUUUGGGCGUUCAAGCACGAGCACCCGUCGCUGGCGGAGGAGGGUUUGCAGGUGACGCACGAGUUCCUGCAGCGGCUGAUCGAGGGAAAGCGCGAGGUCCUGAACGACUUCUGCUGCAACUACUACUUCAGUUUGAUGAAAGAAAUACUUUUAGUUCUCACAGAUCGUCUUCACCGCUCCGGAUUUAAAUACCAAACCCUCAUCUUCAUGUCUCUUCUCCGAAUUGUUGCAUUUAGACUCGUCGAAAACGAGCAGCAGGGACUCACCCAGGAAAACGUCACGAAGAGCCUGAUAGACUUGCUGUGCCGCAGCUUCCAAACCCUAAACCCUAAACAAGUGGAAGCUUUUGUUUUGGACCUUUUCAACUUUUGCGUCGACUCAAACCCUAGCCGUUUCCAGGAGCACAUGAGGGACUUCCUCAUCUCCCUCAAGGUCCAAAACUAG